GGGGUGCCGGUAUGGCGGAGCAGAGGCGACGGCUGGUGCGGCUGGCGGUGCUGGAGGAACUCCGCGCCUCCUACGGGAUUAAGGUGAAGAGCGGGAGCUGCCUGGGGGCGGCGAAGCAGCCGGGAGCGGCGGCCACGGAGGGUAAAAUCUUUGGAAUAUCUUUUCAUGCUUUACCACAAUCACUUGUGCCAGAAUAUGGUUAUAUUCCAAGCUUUCUUGUUGAUACCUGUGAAUAUUUAGAAGAACAUGCUCAUACUGAGGGACUCUUCAGGAAGUCUGGAUCUCUUGUUCGUUUAAAAGCUUUAAAGAGUAAACUGGAUCAAGGUGAAAACUGCCUUUCUGCUGCGCUGCCAUGUGAUGUUGCAGGGCUUCUUAAACAGUUCUUCAGAGAGCUGCCAGAACCCAUCCUUCCACCUCAUUUGCAAGAAGGCCUUUUCAAAGCUCAGCAGCUAGGAAAUGAGAAGAAAACUGCAACUGUGUUACUGUCGUGUUUGAUGGCUGACAGAACUAUUGAAGCUUUGAGAUACUUUUUCAAUUUUCUAAGAACUGUGUCCCUAAGGUCCAAUGAAAACAGAAUGGAUAGCAGUAAUCUGGCAGUGAUUUUUGCUCCUAACCUUUUGCACUUAUAUGAAAAUGAAAAGAUGUCAACCAAUACAGAAAAGAAAAUUCGCUUGCAAGCUGCUGUUGUGCAGACACUUAUUGACCAUGCAGCAGAAAUUGGACAAGUACCAGAAUUUAUCUUGGAAAAGAUCCCUGCGAUGUUAGGUGUUGAUGCCUUUCAAUCUACUCCCUCACUCUGGGGCCCUGAAGACAGUGAAAAUGAAUCUCCCAGUGAAUGCAAAAAGAGGAGGCACCGAAGUGUUGGGGAUAUUGUUAGUGGAGCAUUGAAUAAACUUAAAUCUAACAGAACACCCUCCACUACACCUCAACAAGACAGAUGUGUUUCAGUCCUUUCAUCAGUGACUCCAGUGGUCCUUACUCCAAGUACCAAGCGUAAGCUUCCAACUGAUUGCUCUCAGGGCUUGUCCAGCAAGAAGAGACGAUCUUUUAAGCAUAGUUUUGCUUUUGAGUUAUUACCAAGUAACAUUUUUAGCAGCAACUCAACACCAGCAUCAGUUCAUUUUGAAGCAAGCCCUUGUGAGUCUCUUGAGUCAUCACAAGUCUCACUGUCUCCUGCAACUAUUGGUGAAAUUCAUCUCUCUAGUACAGGGAACAGAAGAAGUAAAAGACAUGCAAGCAAAAAAUUAUACAGGGCUGAAUCAGGAAAGACAGGUUGUUUUUCCCCAAAGAUCAGCCGAAAAGAAAUGGUUCGGAGGUCGUUACGCUUGAAGUUUGGUUUGGGGAAAAGCAACAGAGAAAUGAAUAUUGUAACAGGAUGUGCAGUUGGUAAUAGAUCUGAAAAUAUUGGAAGACGUCUUGCAAGUCAACAAGGCUUGGAAAACAGAACUGAAUGUGUGAGAAGAGAUGUACUCUUCAGCCCAUAUGUCAGUGAGAAAUUCCCUAAGAAAGGUUCAAAGAAUGUGAUAAACUCAGAAGAAAACUUGCUGACUCCAAAACGUCAUGAUAAAGUAGCCUACCGAAUGUCACGGAAUAGUCCUGCUGUUACAGAUUCUCAGGCACCCAGCAGCAAUGAGGGAGUUCUUCCAGGAAACUCUGAAACAGGAACUGGUUCUUCAGAAUCUGUUUUCAUCUUUGGAAAGCCACCAGUUGUUUCAUCUGAAUUCAAAUCCACAACUGUGAGCAAACAAGACAACAACUUCGAACUGCUUUGUGAAGGGGAAAGUAAUUCAGCUGCAGAAACAUUGUUGAAAGUUAAGCAGGCCUUCUCUGCAUCUGGAAGUAAUCUUCACAAUCUGAUAGGUGAUACAAAAUCUUCCUUCUCAGAUGUAGCAGGUGAAACAUUAAAUGAAACUUCAUAUCUGAAAGGGCUCAAUCCAGAGAAAGAACUGUUGGUUGAAGUUUCUGGAAAUCUAACAAAUGCAAAAUCCAUAGAGCUGUCACACCAAUCUAAUCAAUCUCAUGUGACUGAUAAACAGCAAGCAAAAAAAGUUGAAGCUACAUGUUUGGAAAAAAGAAACUUCAAAACUUCUAUUGAGAUUCAACUUCAGGUCCAGAAACCAGAUAUAAAAAAUGUAACAGAACUUCCUGUGUCCCAAGUACAGGCCAGGGAGGACAAGCAGACUGUUGUGAACAGUUCGUCAAAAGGUGACUUAAACAAAUCAGAUUCUUUCGGAAAAAAAGAAGAGUCAACACACAGGCAAACAGGUGAAAACUGUGUGGUAAACUGCUGUAAUUUGGAAGAAGAUACUGUUAAACCUUCUGUGGCAGGACAGCUUCCUGCUUCUCAGUUGCCUAAAUCCCAAAUUGAAGUCAGCAACCGAUUCUUGCAAGCUGAAAAUUCAGAUAAAACUUUAACUAAAACAUCAACUGUUUCUGAUUAUGGAAAGGUUUCUGACCACAUACAAUGGUUCAACAAGCUUUCAUUAAAUGAACAAGCUUCUGCAAGCAAAACCAAAUCACCUCUGAAGUUUCAACGUACCCCGGUUAGGCAGUCUGUAAGAAGGAUGAAUUCCUUACUGGAAGCUAACAGGCGAUCUGUGAGCUCUCAGCUGCUUCAAGCAACUGAUGUUGGUUCACCACUUGUUAAAUCUUUGAGCUAUGAUUCUGCAUUAUUCUCCUGUGCAGAAAAGACCUCAAAGAAUUUCAUGGCUUUGCCACUCAGGAGUGAAAGCAGGUAUGACCAAGCUACUCUAUCUCAUGAGAAGCUGACAUCCAUAUCAUCUUGCAGGCAGCUAAACCCAUCAGACAAGCCUGAUGCUUCUGUCAGAACUGCUGCAGUCAGUGAACUGAAAGCGACGGCUCAUCCGUCCAAGUCUGUUCUAGAAGAUCUGACCAAUCAUGAAACAGCAAAACCCACUUUAAAAGUUAAUGAUAAUACAAGUAUUCCAGGUGCUGUCCCAGAAAAAUCUACAGUCACAAGAAGUGCUUCAGGAAGAGAAAGAGCUCGUUACAGAGGCUCUCCAAAGAAUCCAAUAUCUAAAGUGAAACUGCUACCCACUGCAAAACCAGUAGACUUGUAAGAUCACAUAUGAUGAUAUAGCAAUCAUAUGUAACCAAACCUCAGUGAAAUCUAAAUUUGUAUGACUAUUUUUUAGCUCUAAAUAUUUGUAUUUUUUGAUUUGUUUUUUUAAUCUUAGAAGUCCAUGACUUGUGCAAAUAAUUUGCUUUAUGUUGAGUUUUCCUUCAUUUACCGAAAUUUUUGUAAAUGCUAGUCAGUUCAUCAAAAUGAAUUUGACUUCUAGAACAAAAGUAAUCUGUCUUUACAAAUGAUUGCAUUAGAUCUCCUAUAUUACUAUCUUGGUAUCUAAAAAACAAAAAAACAUGCUGCAUCUCCCUAAAUAAUUUUUGCAGUACUUAGACUAAGUACCAAGUUUUUUAAAAAUUUCAGACAUUCUAAACAAAAUUAACAGACUUGAAAGAAAAUGAUGCUGUGUAUUGAUAGUUAAAUUUAUUUACUUAGUUUUAAAUGUAUUGUAGCACUACUUUGAUAUUUAAGUUGGACCUUAUACCAGCUCUACUUCUUUUGAGACAAUGCUUUUUUAUUUCUAUUGGAGUAAAUUUAGAGCAUAUUUUCCAUGUUGGAUAGGUUAAAAAAAGAUAUUUUUUCAUGUGUGCACACACACUGGAGUAUUAUUAGAACACAGGAAAAACUAAAUGUGCAGUUUAUUCAAUAAGUGAAAAGUCUUAAGCUUAAUCUGGCAAUGUGAUGGGUACCAAGUAUUUUCACUUGUGAGCAGUGAAAUAUUUUGUCUUGAUAUGAGGUGGUCUUAACUUAUUUUUAGAGCAAUAGAAUAGUGUUAACUAGAUGGUGCAGAAGCAGAUCUUAGAUGCUGAUAAUGUUGCAAGAGAUGAAUGUAAGAAGCCAUAGUCUGUUAAAAGUGGAUUUGCACAAGCAAAUGUUUACAUCUUUUGGAAUUAAAACUGUUUGUCUGUCAUCAGUUGUAGUGUUAUUUAAGAGUAAACACUUGAAACUGUUCAUUAGCUUUCUGUAUAUGCAAAUUGCUUCUUGGCAAAAUGUAAGAGCUGAAAGCACUGGAUACUUUUGGUUUUAAUAAAACCAUUGGUUUUGUCCCUU